CUCUGGGUUAAAGCUGUUUCUCUCCCCUCCUCUUCAACUCAUAACGAAAAAAAUCAGAUCAUACUCACCUGGAUUUUCUCACCUUUUCCCUCACUUUCUCCUCCCCUAGAUUCUCUCUCUCUCACUCAAUCUCUCGAGUCAGCGACUCGGUGACUCACCAACUUACCGCGUCCCCAGUUCCGGGAAUCACUGAAUUCUCGCCCCAUUUCUCUCUCGGCUUCGUUGGGCACCGGACGACGGAGCUUGUGGACUGCACUGGAAGACGCGAAGACUCCAACGCUCCGAGAGCGUUGGUUUCUAUACGGACUGAGGGAGUUGGAUUGGAGUUGGACUGAAAUUGGCGACGAUGGUGGAUUUGAGUGUCGGUGGAGAUUGGCGGCUAUUUGGGGGAGAAGAUAUGGGGUUCCACUUGGAGGCUGAGUUCAGAGUCUGUGAAUGGCAGUGUUUGGUUACGAGAGUGGUUGAGUCCCGGAUUGGGGUUUAGAAUCUAGACUUGUUUAGGGUUUUUGAGAAGGAGAAGAAAUGUCGCGGACCGAUAGAAUGGGUUCGGAUCUUAGCAGGACCGGCCCCGUCGAAAGAGACAUCGAGCAGGCUAUUACUGCUCUAAAGAAAGGGGCAUACUUGCUCAAGUAUGGAAGAAGGGGGAAGCCUAAGUUUUGUCCAUUUCGUCUUUCCAAUGAUGAAUCUGUUCUAAUCUGGUUCUCUGGGAAAGAGGAAAAGCACCUUAAGCUAAGCCACGUGUCUAGAAUUAUUUCUGGGCAACGGACUCCAAUCUUUCAAAGGUAUCCACGGCCUGAGAAGGAGUACCAGUCAUUUUCUUUAAUAUAUAAUGACAGGUCACUAGAUUUGAUUUGCAAAGAUAAAGAUGAAGCUGAGGUUUGGUUUAGUGGCUUAAAAGCAUUGAUAUCCCGCAGCCAUCAUCGAAAAUGGAGAACGGAGUCAAGGAGUGAUGGAAUUCCAUCUGAAGCAAAUAGUCCUAGAACAUACACUCGGAGAAGCUCCCCUCUAAAUUCUCCAUUUGGUAGUAAUGAUAGCUUACAGAAGGAUAGUGCAGAUCACCUUCGCCUUCAUAGUCCGUAUGAAAGUCCUCCUAAAAAUGGUCUGGAUAAGGCACUUUCAGAUGUGAUACUGUAUGCUGUUCCUCCCAAGGGUUUCUUCCCUUCAGAUUCGGCCAGUGCUUCCGUACAUUCUGUGUCAUCUGGUGGCUCAGACAGUGUACAUGGGCAGAUGAAGGCAAUGGCAAUGGAUGCUGUUAGAGUUAGUCUAUCCAGUGCUGUUAGCUCAUCAAGCCAAGGUUCUGGUCAUGAUGAUGGUGAUGCCUUGGGAGAUGUUUUCAUGUGGGGAGAAGGCACAGGAGAUGGUGUUGUGGGUGGUGGUUCUCAUAGAGUUGGAAGCUGUCUUGGUGCAAAAAUGGAUUCUUUGUUGCCCAAAGCCUUAGAAUCUAAAGUCGUGCUUGAUGUCCAAAACAUUGCAUGUGGUGGUAGGCAUGCUACUUUAGUAACGAAGCAAGGGGAGAUUUUCUCUUGGGGAGAGGAAUCGGGGGGCAGGCUUGGGCAUGGUGUGGAUGUUGACGUUUUGCAACCAAAGCUCAUUGAUGCACUUAGUAAUAUCAACAUUGAGCUUGUUGCUUGUGGUGAGUACCAUACUUGUGCUGUUACGCUUUCUGGUGAUCUGUACACAUGGGGUGAUGGAACUUACAAUUUCGGUCUACUUGGACAUGGAAAUGAAGUGAGCCAUUGGGUCCCCAAAAGAGUAAAUGGACCCUUGGAGGCUAUACAUGUCUCAUCCAUAUCUUGUGGACCCUGGCACACAGCCGUAGUAACUUCUGCUGGGCAGUUGUUUACUUUUGGUGAUGGCACAUUUGGUGUUCUUGGCCAUGGUGAUCGGAAAAGUGUUUCAAUUCCCAGGGAAGUGGAAUCCCUGAAGGGCCUUCGCACUGUGCGAGCAGCUUGUGGUGUUUGGCAUACUGCUGCAGUUGUAGAAGUCAUGGUUGGGAAUUCAAGUUCCAGCAACUGUUCAUUAGGAAAGCUGUUCACUUGGGGAGAUGGUGAUAAGGGUAGGCUGGGGCAUGGUGACAAGGAAGCAAAACUUGUGCCUACCUGUGUUGCCGCUCUUGUUGAAUCCAAUUUUUGUCGAGUUGCUUGUGGACAUAGUAUGACGGUUGCUCGUACAACAUCUGGUCAUGUCUACACAAUGGGAAGUCCUGUUUAUGGCCAGUUAGGAAAUCCUCAAGCUGAUGGAAAGCUUCCAACUCGAGUUGAGGGAAAGCUCUCCAAGAGUUUUGUGGAAGAGAUUGCUUGUGGUGCCUAUCAUGUUGCAGUUUUAACUUCAAGAACUGAAGUGUAUACUUGGGGAAAAGGAGCAAAUGGUCGUUUAGGUCAUGGGAAUAUAGAUGAUCGGAAUUCCCCAACAUUAGUUGAAGCUCUGAAAGAUAAGCAAGUCAAAAGUAUUGCUUGUGGUGCUAAUUUUACUGCAGUUAUAUGCCUUCAUAAAUGGGUUUCAGGAGUUGAUCAGUCAAUGUGUUCGGGUUGCCGGCUUCCAUUUAAUUUUAAAAGAAAACGCCAUAAUUGUUAUAAUUGUGGGCUUGUGUUUUGUCAUUCUUGCAGCAGUAAGAAAUCACUCAAAGCUUCCAUGGCACCAAAUCCUAGCAAACCUUAUCGUGUCUGUGAUAAUUGUUUUAAUAAACUGAGAAAAGCUGCUGAAAGUGAUACUUCAUUUCAGACAUCUAUAAGCAGAAGAGGAAGUAUCAAUCAGGGGUCAAAUGAGGUUAUUGAUAAAGAUGAUAAGUUGGACUCCAGAUCUCGUGUGCAACUAGCCAGGUUUUCUUCAAUGGAAUCUCUGAAACAUGUGGAAACCCGUUCAUCAAAGAAAAAUAAGAAACUAGAAUUUAACAGCAGUCGAGUCUCACCUGUUCCAAAUGGAGGAUCACAGUGGGGAGCUCUUAAUAUUUCUAAACCUUUUAAUCCAGUAUUUGGGUCAUCCAAGAAGUUUUUCUCAGCCUCUGUUCCUGGAUCAAGAAUUGUUUCUCGAGCUACAUCCCCAAUUUCAAGGCGCCCCAGCCCACCACGUUCUACAACACCAACUCCAACUCUGGGAGGACUCACAUCGCCAAAGAUUGUUGUAGAUGACGCUAAAAGGACAAAUGAAGGCCUCAGACAGGAGGUUAUCAAACUAAGAUCACAGGUUGAAAGUCUUACUCAAAAAGCCCAAAUACAAGAGGUUGAGCUGGAACGAACAACUAAACAGCUGAAGGAAGCAAUAGCAAUUGCAGGUGCGGAGACUGCAAAAUGCAAAGCAGCAAAGGAAGUGAUCCAGUCACUUACUGCCCAAUUGAAGGACAUGGCUGAAAGGCUGCCUGUUGGAGCAGUACGGAAUAUGAAAUCACCCUCUCUAGCUUCUUCCUUGGGUUCUGAUCCUUCCAACGAAGUUCCUAUUCCUUUGACUGACCGAUUGAAUGGUCAAUUAACAUUCCAAGAACCAGACUCCAAUGGACCAAACAGUCAGUUGUUUUCUAAUGGGUCCAACACCACCAGUAACCGCAAUUCAGGUCACAACAAACAAGGACAUCUAGAUGUGGCAACCAGAAAUGGGACCAAAAUUAAAGAAAACGAAUCUCAUCAUGAAACUGAAUGGGUUGAGCAAGAUGAGCCUGGUGUAUAUAUCACACUUACUUCCCUACCGGGAGGCGCCAAGGAUCUCAAGCGAGUUCGUUUCAGUCGGAAGCGAUUUAGUGAGAAACAAGCAGAACAGUGGUGGGCAGAGAACCGAGCAAGAGUAUAUGAACAAUACAAUGUGCGCACGGUAGACAAGUCUAGUGUAGGCAUUGGGAGCGAGGACUUGGCUCGCUGACAUGUGGGAACAGUCAUCUGUACAUGGAAACGAUAUUUUUGUUUCAGGUUCAAGCUUGGGUUACCAAGGUCUGAUUCGUUAAUUAGCGUUGGCUUUGAUUCUUAUAAAGGUUUGAAGAAGCAGAGGUUUGGUAUAGGGGUUUGAUUGCGUUUUUACUUUUCCCAUUUUUCUCUAAUUUUGUUGUAUUCUAAUUUUUCCCUAUGUUCCUUGUGUGGGGGUUUGAGGGUGAGAAAUGUAAAUUCCUAUUAGGUUGCUGGCGCUUGUGGAAAGCAGCUGCGGUGUAAACUCCAUAAGCGAUUGCAUCUGCAAAUUUUUUUUCAAGUCUUCUCCGCAAUGGUUCAUAAAUGUGUUUAUAUUCGAGGCAUUGCGUAUGCGCGUUUUGUACAUGAUAUAACCAGCUCUGUGUUACCAUAUGAUGUGCACAUAAUUCAUCACAUUACAGUGUUGUGUAUUGGAACAAGGGAACAGUUGUAGAAUUGGUCCUCUUGGCUGGGAAGACCUCUUGAAUUGCUGAGUUUUUGAAAGUGGAUGCAUGGUUUACUA